CUGGAGGAGGAAGAAGAGGAUUUGGGGGGGGCAGUGCGGAUUCUUUCCCGUCAUUCCCUGCAGCAGCAGCAGCAGAGGGCGGCGCCCCCCUCCGCCUCUCGGUCCGUCUCUCCGUCCUCUCCCGCUGGACUCUUCUUCAGCUCAGCUCAACUUUGGAGGCUCGGUGUGUCCUGCGCAGGUCUCUGCCUGAAGCCGCCGAUGUGGACGUGUCCCCGCUGACAUCAAGCCGUGUCACAGGUGAAAGGUCACGAUGACGACAGUGGCCGCCGAGUACGAACACAUGGAGCUGCAGCAGCAGUACAGCAGCAAUGACACGGUCAACAACCGCUGGGAUGACGAAUGGGACAAUGAGAACAGCUCAGCCCGCCUCUUCGAACGCUCCCGCAUCAAGGCACUCGCAGAUGAGCGCGAGGCCGUGCAGAAGAAGACCUUCACCAAAUGGGUCAACUCUCACCUGUCCAGGGUCUCCUGCAGGAUCACAGACCUCUACACGGACCUGAGGGAUGGACGCAUGCUCAUCAAGCUGCUGGAGGUCCUGUCCGGAGAGAGACUGCCGAAGCCCACCAAAGGCCGGAUGCGGAUCCACUGUCUGGAGAAUGUGGACAAGGCUCUGCAAUUCCUCAAGGAGCAACGGGUUCAUCUGGAGAAUAUGGGGUCCCAUGAUAUCGUGGAUGGAAACCACCGACUGACUCUGGGCCUCAUCUGGACCAUCAUCCUCCGCUUCCAGAUCCAGGACAUCAGCGUGGAGACUGAGGACAACAAAGAGAAAAGAUCGGCCAAAGAUGCUCUGCUGCUCUGGUGUCAGAUGAAGACUGCGGGGUAUCCAAAUGUAAACAUCCACAACUUCACCACCAGCUGGAGAGACGGCAUGGCCUUCAACGCCCUCAUCCACAAACACAGGCCCGACUUGAUCGACUUUGACAAGCUGAAGAAGUCCAAUGCUCACUACAACCUGCAGAAUGCCUUUAACCUGGCAGAGCAGCACCUGGGACUCACCAAGCUGCUGGACCCAGAGGAUAUCAGCGUGGACCAUCCCGAUGAGAAGUCGGUCAUCACCUACGUGGUGACGUAUUACCACUACUUCUCCAAGAUGAAGGCUCUGAAGGUGGAGGGCAAACGUAUUGGAAAGGUGCUGGACAACGCCAUUGAGACGGAGAAGAUGAUUGAGAAGUACGAGUCUUUGGCCUCAGACCUGCUCGAGUGGAUCGAGCAGACAAUCAUCAUCCUACGAUUCCCAAACUCCCUGAGGGAGAUGCAGGCACUGAUGACGGCUUUCAAGACCUACAGAACUGUGGAGAAACCUCCAAAGUUCACAGAGAAGGGAAACCUGGAGGUUCUGCUCUUCACCAUCCAGAGUAAGAUGCGAGCCAACAACCAGAAGGUGUACAUGCCCCGAGAGGGAAAACUCAUCUCAGAUAUCAACAAGGCAUGGGAGCGACUGGAGAAGGCGGAACAUGAGAGGGAGCUGGCUCUGCGGAUGGAGCUGAUUCGUCAGGAGAAACUGGAGCAGCUGGCCAGACGCUUUGACCGCAAGGCGGCCAUGAGAGAGACCUGGCUCAGCGAAAACCAGAGACUGGUGUCACAGGACAACUUUGGGUUUGAUCUUCAGGCUGUCGAGGCUGCCACCAAGAAGCACGAAGCGAUUGAGACUGACAUUGCAGCGUAUGAGGAGCGUGUCCAGGCUGUGGUCGCUGUGGCGAAGGAACUGGAGGUGGAGCGUUACCAUGACAUCAAGCGUAUCGCGGCCCGGAAGGACAAUGUGAUCAGACUGUGGGAGUACCUGCUGGAGCUGCUGAAGGCCCGCAGACAGAGGCUGGAGGUUAACCUGGGCCUGCAGAGAGUCUUCCAGGAGAUGCUCUACAUCAUGGACUGGAUGGAUGAGAUGAAGAUGUUGCUGCUCUCUCAAGAUUAUGGGAAGCAUCUGUUGGGUGUGGAGGACCUGUUGCAGAAACACGCUCUGGUGGAGGCUGACAUCGCCAUCCAGGCUGACAGGGUGAAGGCAGUCACUGCCAACGCCAACAAGUACUUCAUCAGCGACACUGGCUACAAGCCCUGUGACCCUCAGGUCAUCCGGGACCGGGUGGCCCACCUGGAGUUCUGCUACCAGGAGCUGACCCAGCUGGCCGCAGAGCGCCGGGCCCGCCUAGAGGAGUCCCGCCGCCUCUGGAAGUUCUUCUGGGAGAUGGCGGAGGAAGAGGGCUGGAUUCGUGAGAAGGAGCAGAUCUUGUCCUCUCUGGAACAUGGCAAAGACCUGACGGGAGCGCUGCGCCUCCUCAGCCAGCAACGAGCCCUAGAGGACGAGAUGAGCGGUCGUGCUGGCCACCUCCAGCACACCAUCGCAGAGGGCCAAGCCAUGGUGCAGGCCGGCCACUUUGGUGCCACUAAGAUCCUGGAGCGAAUCACUGACCUGCAGGCUCAGUGGGCGGCGCUGGAGCAGCUGGCAGCGGCGAGGAAGAAGAGACUGGAGGAGGCUCUGGCUCUACACCAGUUCCAGGCUGAUGCAGAUGAUGUUGACGCCUGGAUAUUUGACGCCCUGCGCAUUGUUUCCAGCGGAGAGACAGGCCAUGAUGAGUUCUCCACCCAGGCUCUGGUCAGGAAGCACAAGGAUGCAGCGGCAGAGGUGGCCAGCUACAGACCGGUCAUUGACUCACUCCAUGAACAGGCUGCCUCCCUACCCAAAGAGGAGGCGGAGUCGGAGGAAGUGCGUGGUCGACUGGUGGGUAUUGAGGAGCGCUACAAAGAGGUGGCUGAGCUGACAAAGCUGAGGAAGCAGGCACUGCAGGAUGCUCUGGCUCUCUACAAGAUGUUCAGUGAGGCCGAUGCCUGCGAGGUUUGGAUCGAUGAGAAGGAGCAGUGGCUGAACAGCAUGGAGAUCCCAGAAAGACUGGAGGACCUGGAAGUUAUACAGCACAGGUUUGAGAGUCUGGAGCCAGAGAUGAAUAACCAGGCCUCUCGUGUUGCCGUAGUGAAUCAGAUCGCCCGGCAGCUGAUGCACAGUGGUCACCCGAGCGAGAAGGACAUCAAGACCCAGCAGGACAAACUCAACAACAGGUGGAGCCAGUUCCGUGACCUGGUGGACCAGAAGAAGGAGUGCCUGAACUCAGCUCUGGGUGUGCAGAACUACCACCUCGACUGCAAUGAGACCAAGUCCUGGAUCAAAGAGAAGACCAAAGUCAUAGAGUCCACCCAAGAGCUGGGCAAUGACCUCACCGGGGUCAUGGCCUUGCAGCGCAAACUGACGGGUAUGGAGCGCGACCUGGCUGCCAUUGAGGACAAACUUGUAGACCUUCGAAGCGAGGCAGAGCGGCUAGCAGAGGAACACCCUGAUCAGGCUAAGGCCAUUACAGGCCGCCUGGCUGAGAUCACUGCCGUCUGGGAGGAAAUGAAGAACACUUUGAAGAACCGUGAGGAGUCUCUAGGUGAGGCCAGGAAGCUGCAGCAGUUCUUGCGUGAGCUGGAUGACUUCCAGUCCUGGUUGUCCCGCACUCAGACAGCCAUCGCAUCUGAGGACAUGCCCAACACCCUGGCUGAGGCCGAGAAGCUCAUGGCCCAACAUGAAGGCAUCAAGAAUGAGAUCCAGAACUAUGAGGAGGACUACCAGAAGAUGCGGGACAUGGGGGAGAUGGUGACCCAGGGCCAAACAGAUGCACAGUACAUGUUUCUGCGGCAGAGGCUGCAGGCACUCGACACUGGCUGGAAUGAGCUGCACAAGAUGUGGGAGAACCGACAGAACCUGCUGUCCCAGUCCCACGCUUACCAGCUGUUCCUCAGGGACACCAAGCAAGCCGAGGCCUUCCUCAACAACCAGGAGUAUGUCCUUGCUCACACCGAGAUGCCCACCACUCUGGAGGGUGCUGAGGCCGCCAUCAAGAAGCAAGAGGACUUCAUGACCACCAUGGAUGCCAAUGAGGACAAGAUCAAUGGUGUGGUGGAGGCUGGCAGGCGGCUGGCAAGCGACGGAAACAUCAAUGGUGAACGCAUCCAGGAAAGAGUCACCUCCAUCGACGACAGACACAGGAAGAACAGGGAGGCAGCAGUGGAGCUGCUGAUGAGACUGAAGGACAACAGAGACCUGCAGAAGUUCCUGCAGGACUGUCAGGAGCUGUCUCUGUGGAUCAAUGAGAAGAUGCUCACAGCUCAGGACAUGACCUACGAUGAGGCCAGGAACCUGCACAGCAAGUGGCUGAAGCACCAGGCCUUCAUGGCUGAACUGCAGUCCAACAAAGAGUGGCUAGACAAGAUCCAGAAGGACGGCGUGCUGCUGGUGUCUGAGAAGCCAGAGACGGAGGCGGUGGUGAAAGAGAAGCUGUCGAUGCUCCGCGUCAUGUGGGAGGAGCUGGAGUCUACAACGCAGACCAAAGCUCAGUGUCUGUUUGACGCCAACAAGGCCGAGCUGUUCACACAGAGCUGCGCCGACCUCGACAAGUGGCUGGGCGGCCUCGAGGGCCAGAUCCAGUCUGAUGACUACGGCAAAGACCUGACCUCCGUCAACAUCCUGCUCAAGAAACAACAGAUGCUGGAGAACCAGGUGGAGGUGCGACAGAGGGAGGUGGUGGAGCUGCAGAGCCAGGUGAGGGCUCUCGGCCAGGAGGUGAAGGACACCGAGGAGGUGGAUGGGCGGAGGCAGCUGGUGGAGAGGAAGUUCCAGGAGCUGCUGGAGCCACUGAGACACCGCAGGAACUUUCUGGUGGCAUCAAGAGAAGUUCAUCAGUUCAACCGUGACAUUGAAGAUGAGAUCCUCUGGGCUCAGGAGAGGAUGCCUGUGGCCACAUCCACCGACCAUGGAAACAACCUGCAGACUGUCCAGCUGCUCAUCAAGAAGAACCAGACGCUACAGAAGGAGAUCCAGGGUCAUCAGCCUCGUGUUGACGACAUCCUGGAGCGCAGUCGGAGCCUCCUGCAGGACAAGUCUUCCAGCGAAGAUGCCAUCCGCCAGCGUCUGGCUGACCUGCAGGGGCUGUGGAGGCAGCUGACGGAGGAGGUGGAGCACCGACACGGCCGGCUGGAGGAGGCCCACAAGGCCCAGCAGUACUACUUUGAUGCCGCCGAGGCCGAGGCCUGGAUGAGCGAGCAGGAGCUGUACAUGAUGUCAGAGGAGAAGGCCAAGGAUGAGCAGAGCGCUGUCACCAUGCUGAAGAAGCAUCAGAUUGUGGAGCAGGCAGUGGAGGACUACGCCGAGACGGUCCACCAGCUGUCCAAGACCAGCAGAGGCCUGGUGGCUGAUGGACACCCCGAGAGCGAGCGCAUCAGCAUGCGUCAGUCUCAGGUGGAUAAGCUGUACGCCGGCCUGAAGGACCUGUCUGAGGAGAGGCGGGGCAAACUGGAUGAAAGGCUCCGCCUCUUCCAGCUGAACAGAGAGGUUGACGACCUCGAGCAGUGGAUCGCUGAGCGGGAGGUGGUGGCCGGGUCGCACGAGCUGGGACAGGACUAUGAGCACGUUACUAUGUUGCAGGAGCGUUUCCGGGAGUUUGCCCGCGACACCGGGAACAUUGGUCAGGAGCGCGUGGAUGCCGUUAACCGUCUGGCAGAUGAACUGAUCAACACUGGUCACAGCGAUGCAGCAACAGUGGCAGAGUGGAAGGAUGGGCUGAAUGAGGCCUGGGCCGACCUGCUGGAGCUCAUCGACACCAGGACACAGAUUCUCGCCGCCUCAUUUGAGCUCCACAAGUUCUACCACGACGCCAAGGAGAUCCUGGGACGCAUCUUGGACAAGCAGAAGAAGCUGCCAGAGGAGGUUGGCCGAGACCAGAACACGGUGGAAAUGCUGCAGAGGAUGCACACCACCUUCGAACAUGACAUCCAGGCCCUGGGGACACAGGUGAGGCAGCUGCAGGAGGACGCGGUUCGUCUCCAGUCGGCAUAUGCCGGAGAUAAAGCCGACGACAUCCAGCGGAGGGAAAGCGAGGUGCUGGAGGCCUGGAGGAGUCUGCUGGGGGCAUGCGACGGACGCCGACUGCGUCUCCUUGACACUGGGGACAAGUUCCGGUUUUUCAGCAUGGUCCGAGACCUGAUGCUCUGGAUGGACGACGUGAUCCGGCUCAUCGAGGCCCAGGAGAAACCCAGAGACGUGUCGUCAGUGGAGCUGCUGAUGAACAACCACCAGGGCAUCAAAGCUGAGAUCGACGCCCGAAAUGACAGCUUCACAGCCUGCAUCGAGCUGGGCAAGGCCCUGCUGGCCCGCAAGCAUUACGCUUCAGAGGAGAUUAAGGACAAGUUGCUGCAGCUGACAGACAAGAGGAAAGAAAUGAUUGACAAGUGGGAGGAUCGAUGGGAGUGGCUUCGUCUCAUCCUGGAGGUGCACCAGUUCUCCCGGGACGCGGGGGUGGCCGAGGCCUGGCUGCUGGGUCAGGAGCCCUACCUGUCCAGCAGGGAGGUGGGUCAGAGCGUGGACGAGGUGGAGAAGCUCAUCAAACGCCACGAGGCCUUCGAGAAGUCAGCCGCCACCUGGGAGGAGCGCUUCUCUGCUCUGGAGAGGCUGACUACGCUGGAGCUGCUAGAGCUGAGGAGGCUGCAGGAGGAGGAGGAGAGGAGGAGGAAGCCGCCGUCUCUGGAAGAAGCAGUGAUCCAGUUUUUUUUCACAGGUGAAAUCAUCGUGCAGAAUGGACUGCCUUCAGACCACGACUCCCCUCGGGUCAGUGACGGUGUUGAUGGUGGAGACAUGGUGAAUGGCGUGGCUGAGCGGAGCUCCAAGGAGGCAAGCCCCGCCCCCUCCCCGACCUCCGGCAGGAAGAGUAAAACUAGCCAGUUGUCUGCGCAGCCCUCCAAGAACCAGGACUCAUCCUCGCAGUUGGAGGGACUCCUGCACCGCAAACACGAGUGGGAGGGCCACAACAAGAAGGCAUCCAACAGGUCGUGGCACAAUGUGUACUGUGUCAUCAACAACCAGGAGAUGGGUUUCUACAAGGACAGCAAGGCGGCGGGUCAGGGAGUCCCUUACCACAACGAGGUACCCAUCAGCCUGAAGGAGGCAACGUGCGACGUGGCUUCAGACUACAAGAAGAAGAAACAUGUCUUCAAGCUCAGAGUGACUGAUGGAAAUGAGUAUCUGUUCCAAGCCAAAGAUGAAGAAGAGAUGAGCACCUGGAUCCAGGCCAUCCUGAACGCCAGCACCACUGACUGCUCCGACGUGCAGGGCAGCAACCCAGGCACACCGGCUUCUGGGCGCGCCCAGACGCUGCCGGCCACAGUCGCGCUCAACACCGAGUCGAGUCCCAGCAAGAGAGAGAAGGACAAAGAGAAGGACAAGGAGAAACGCUUCAGCCUGUUCAGCAAGAAAAAGCAGUAGAAGAGAAAUGUUGAGGCACUUUGGUGAAACGGAGUAAAUCUGGACACAUGCUCUGAGGCAGGAUGUGUCAUAUUUAGCUUCUUUAAAAACAUAUCCUUUCACAUUACCUGCCUUCAGCUGGAAACGUGCAGAACUGGAACCUGCCUCAGAGCACGUGCUCAGAUUUGAGCUGCCUUUAGCUUCACAGAGGUGUUUGCUUCACAGAAUAAUGAAGCUGCUGAAACGUCUCCGAUAUUGCACCAAACCUGUCUGAGCACUCUCUCACAACUGGUAAAACACUGGAAGCAGGACAUUCGGUGUGGAUUGACACAUAUGAUGUAGUGGAAUUCUAUGUGCAUUGUGAGAUGGGCGUAGAAAAUGCUUCCAGCGUGUUUUACCAGUAAGACCAUGAAGUCACUCACCGUUCUUAGAAUGCUAACGUUACCAGCUGUCAACCUCUGACAUUUCCUGUUCAUUCAAACUAGGCUUUAGUGCUGAAAGCACUCAUUCAUCUGUGAGACAUCUACCAAGAUUUGGAAAACACUUCAGACAAAACUAUAUAAAAUAAUGAAUCCAUUAAUUGUGACAGUAUUUUCCAUAAUGUUGGCUUUUAAGUCUUUGAACAGAUUUUGAACAGAUUUGUUCCUACAUUUUAGAGGAUUUUAAUUCAAGAUUAGUCAUAAAAUACUCAAACCUGGUCAUGACUAAACAGCCAAUGGCAGAAGCUGAUGGCUGGGAAAGUUCAAAGGAGGAGCAGAAAACUGUACAAGUUUCACCAAAGUGCAACUUCAGGUUCUGAUUGUUCUGUGUGUUUAUUCCCAGCACAGUUUGUUUCUAGUUUCUUGUGUUUUGUAAUGUUCGCUUUGAUUUUCUCUUUCUCGUGGUCGGUGGUGUGGCAGCUCAGGUCGAACACCAAUACUGUGUUUGAGGCCACGCAGACGUGGUAAUGUGACGUCAUCGUCCGUGAAGUGAUGAUCCCACAAAGUGAGCGCGGUGGUGGUUUUGGUUUAGAUGCUGUGAACAGCAGUUCAUCAUUAACAAAUGUCUGUCACAGCAGUGUCUGAGCUUAAACUGUGUCUUUUGCUCUUAUGUUUGCUGUUUCGUCGACAACACACCACUUUCAUGUCACAACACUCGCUGUCCUUCUCACUCUGUCGAUUCAUCCAUGUGUUUGUUCGUCGAUGAUGAACCGUUAAAUGAUCACAAUGUUUCGUCCAAAACUGUCCCCACUCACUUUGUUCACAGACUGCUGUUAUGCCACAACGUCUAAACUAACACUGUCAUGUCAGCAGGGACCACUCACUUAAUUUUCUUUUGCUUGUUCCUUUUCAACAUUGUUGGUUUUUAUUUUUCACCGUUUUGGAACCAGAUCUGAGUUAUUUCCUCAAUUUUGUGAGGGUGUCUUAAAAGACAACCUACAUUCUUCCUCUACCAUUGAGAAAUUGGACCAAGAGUGCAUUUUAUUUUUAUUAUUAUUUUAAUUUGUUUUUGUUGUUGGCCAUUUUCUUUUGCUCUUAAAAACAGCCAGUCACCUUCAAGGAGCUGUAUCAAGUAAAAACGUCCACCUGCAUGCUUUGCCAGGCUCGGAGCGUCACCUGGAACCUCCCCUGAAACUAAAAAAGAUAUUUUUUUAAAAUUCUUUUUCUUUGUAAUGUUUUGUUCCAAUAUAUACUUCAAAUCCCCCUAGUACAGAUAAUGAAUCUCAGUAUGUAUAAUAAACACUUCAAUGCGUCGAUGUUUGAUGGUAAUUGUAUGUCAUGUACUGCACACAGCAGGGGGUCCUGCUGUGGAGAAAUGAGGUUGCUUGCUUGUCGUCGACUCUUCGCACCGCAUUCAGAUUUUCUGCUCUUGAUACUCGUCUUGCUCUCCGUCACUGUAUAUCUAUUGUACUGAACAUGUAUGGAAGUUAACGCCAUCUUACUGCACAAUCAGAACUACAUCUAUAGGAAUGAAGAAGAAGCUGUUUAAGGCUUAAUAUUUAAACAGAAGUUAGCCCAUAAAGGCUUUUCUCAUGUAUGAAACUGCACCUGUAGACUUUAAAGCUCUCUCUCUCUUUCACUGUCAGAUAUGUGUGAUGUCAUUAAAGCUUUUAAACUUUACACACCAGC